AUGACAGAGGACGACAUACGCUGGAGGAACUUGCUGAAAUUGAGCGAGAUGCCAUGGGUUCGCGGUCAUCGGCUUCAGGGGCAGGUUGUCUAUCUAGCAACAGCCUACAUGGCCACUGCCGUAGAAGCGGCGAGGUCACUGUCGCCAGACAAGAACGUCGCCCUUAUUAAGAUCCAGGACUUUAGUCUCCGCAAGCCGCUCGUCUUUAGUGAGGACGGCGCUGGUAUUAAGACACUGUUUACGCUCCACGGCGUGACCAGGGAACAAGGUGACCAGAUCUACGUGGCCUCCUUCUCUUACUGCGCAUCUACAAACGCCUAA